UUCCAUUAUUUUUUUUUCUUCUCACGAGAUUUGGCAACUGUGUCCACUUCCUGUCACCAGCCGUUCGCAGCCAUGAUGCAGGAAGGGCUGGACGACGGACCCGACUUCCUCUCCGAGGAGGACCGGGGACCGCGAGCGGUAAACGUGGAUCUGGAAAUGGACGCCACGCUACAGGUGGACAUUUCUGAYGCGCUCAGUGAGAGGGACAAGGUGAAGUUUACCGUCCACACCAAGAGUACGCUCCCCAACUUCAAACAGAACGAGUUCUCUGUGGUCCGACAACAUGAAGAGUUCAUCUGGCUACACGACUCAUUCGUUGAAAAUGAAGACUAUGCAGGAUACAUCAUCCCUCCAGCCCCCCCCAGACCUGACUUUGAUGCAUCCAGAGAGAAGCUGCAGAAACUGGGGGAAGGAGAAGGAUCCAUGACCAAGGAGGAGUUCACCAAGAUGAAGCAAGAGCUGGAGGCGACAACGCUGCUGAGUGUACGAGGAAAGAACAAGAAGGAGAAACUGGAGGAUUUCUUUAAGAACGUUGUGAAGUCGGCUGAUGGUGUUCUAGUGGCUGGAGUCAAGGACGUGGAUGAUUUCUUUGAGCAUGAAAAGACGUUUCUACUAGAAUAUCACAACAGAGUCAAAGAUGCUUCGGCCAAAUGUGACAGAAUGAUCCGCUCACAUAAAAAUGCUGCUGAUGACAUGAACAGAAUCGCCUCCUCUCUGUACACAUUAGGAACACAGGACUCCACAGACCUCUGCAAGUUUUUCCUGAAGGUAUCAGAGCUAUUUGAGAAAACUAGAAAAAUUGAGGCUCGAGUUGCAGCAGAUGAAGACCUGAAGCUGGCUGACCUCCUCAAAUAUUACCUGAGGGAGUCACAGGCUGCUAAGGACCUGCUGUACCGGAGGAGCCGGGGCCUGGUGGACUAUGAGAACGCUAAUAAAGCUCUGGAUAAAGCGCGAGCUAAAAACAGAGAUGUUUUACAGGCAGAGACAAACCAGCAGCUUUGCUGCCACAAGUUUGAGAAGAUCUCYGAGUCUGCCAAGCAAGAGCUGAUAGAUUUCAAGACGAGAAGAGUGGCAGCUUUCAGGAAGAACCUGGUGGAGCUGGCAGAGCUGGAGCUCAAACAUGCCAAGGGUAACCUGCAGCUACUGCAGAGCUGUGUGGGCAUCCUGAAAGGUAACACUUAACCGUCCCGUCCUGCCUGCAGCCAGCUGGACACGCCCACUGUUAGGACGGAGCCUGUGAGAAUGGACAAAACACUGAGACGUGGACCAGAGAGACAGCUGGGGGUCAAAAAUGACACGAAGUCUGUUUUCUUCAUCAGUAACCAAACACAGUCUUCAACACUCUACUCACUAUCCCUAAAGCCACCCAUGCUUGUCCUUCUGGUUCAUCAUCAGAACCUCAGCACCGGCACUGGUCCUCUUGGCCGAAUGCAAGCCCUGCAACACUUUUAGCGUGCUUUCAUUCUAGUCUAUCACUUUAGGUAUUUUCUUGAUUUCUCCUGAACAUCCAUCAUUUGAAAGUCUUUAUCAUCACCCAGAGAACAAAUCCGGUCCAUCUGGGCUCUGCAGUCUGGAUGUAGUUCAGCUCUCAGCUGUAGUUGGACAUUUAUUAGUAGUUUUGCUGAGUUUAAGCACCGUUCUAAGAACUCUUUUAAAUACUCUACAUGAAAUAAAUUCACCAUAUAAUCUACAAAUAAAUGCAAUGAGAUGACAAAUAUGAUUUGCUGAUGUGUUCCAUAAUUGUCCACACUAUAAAGCAACCUGAUGCAGUAUAUAAAGUUACAUGAACGCCACUCGAAGGUUGAUAGUGAAAGCAGCAUGUUUAUCUGUACAAAAUGCCUCCAGUUUGUCAAAUAACCAUCAACUUAUUAACMCAACAGUAUCUAAAGAUGGCACAYGGAAGUAUUUUGUUCUUAAGUGAAUCAAAACAAUUGAUGAGAAAACAUAUCAACUAAUACAGCAAACAUCAUUAUAGGAACACAAAUAUUAACUAUUUUUAGCUUCUCACUCUUCUUCCACUUCUGCCAGAUUUUUCUCCUUACUGACAACACAUAUCUCCGUUGAUAAAUGUGUGUGUCACGCCGGGACGCUUUGUCCAUUUACAAAAUUAUUGAGAAGCAAAUCAGCAAAAAGACAAAACUACUUCAAUCCUGAAACGUUUCUGUUUUGCAUUAUUUUACUGACAAUACGUUUGCUUGUUACCCAUCAUGUCCCCGUCCACAUCUUCCUCCUCUGUUGUUUUGGUGACGCUUGUAUGUCUUUAUCUGUUUUAACGUGUUACUGCUGGUGUGUGCAGGUGGAAGCCGGCUCUUGGUUCCUGUUCUAGUUUAAGUGUCAUUUAAAAGAAAAAAAGAAAAAACUACAAAAAUUUACUUGUACUUGUUUGUAUUAACCAAUGAAUGCUAAUCGUCUGUUGCUUCGGUUUGUUUUCCAUUCCAGUCGAUGGUGGAGCUUCAGUCUUUUUGCCUUAAUGUCAGUCGUUCAGUUUAACUUUAUUUUUCAAA